UUAAUAUAUUUUAAAUUGACACACAAAAAUAUGUGUAUAAUAAUUACUUCUUUGUUUUGAUAAUUCCUAUUAAUAUUUAGCGAGUCGGAUGCUAGCGUAGACUGAUGAUUUGGGUUGCCUUGUUCUGUGCACUACCCCAACGACCCGUGCGGUGAUGGCGAGGAAACCCCGUUGACAAGGCACUGCUUUUUCAUGACGCCCAGAAAACUAAGGGUGCUAAAUGACUGAACCCAUGCUUCCUGCUGGAAAUCUGUGUCAUGGAUGAUGAGGAUGAUCGUCAUCUUCUGGAUAUUUUAGGAGAUGUGGACGCAUUGAAUGACUAUCUCCAUGGCAGCAACAGCAAGUCUAUCGAGGAGGAUGAUGUAACAAACGCUGCUUUUGGGUCGGAUUCGUCCUUUUUUUCCAGUGACACGGUUGGCUCAAACUCCGGCCUCAAGGAUGGCUCUUCUACAAUGGGUGAAUUCGGCGACGAUUCAACAGGGGCAGGCCUCCAGCUCUCCGGCAGCCUUUCAUUCAUCGAGGAUGAAUUGGGGUCCGGCGACUCCCCCGGAGGGGUGGAUGUCGGGGGAGAGGACCAGCCCUUUGACAUCCUACAGAAGUCUCUCAUGGAGGCCGACAUCACGGAGCAGACAUUGGCCCAGGAGGCCUUACUAGACUCCCAGCCCGCUCCCACUCUGGUGCAGGCUCCCGUCUCCUUCCCCUCCCAGCUGGUCCCCGGGGGUUAUGGAGGGGGUGUGGUAACCACGGCGACCGCUGCGUUCCCCACGGGACAGUUCAUGCAAGGUGUCUCCCAGCUGCCCAAUGGCUCCGCCCAGCACAUCCAGGUGUUGGGGUCCUUCGGGGCGGGUGCUGGCGUGAUGACUCUGAGCAGCCUGGAGAGGACUCCUCAGCUCGUGCUGAGGCCGGGGGCGCCUGUAGCCGCGGCGGGCGGGGGCGCAACCGGGGGGCAGGUGUUCGCUCCGACACAAGGGCAGGUGGGCCAAGUCGGCCUGCCCUUCAAAAACAUUCCCCUCCAAAACAUCAUCAUCCAGAGAGGCCCCGGAGGGACCCAGACUCUGGUCAGACCGAUCCAGCCUAAACCCCUCCAACCCGGGGCUCAGACCGUCUACAGCCUCGGCCUGCAGCCCGCUCCCAGCGGCGGGGCUAAUGUGGCGAACGCUAGCGCCGCCGCACCGGGGGGGCCGUACUCGGCCAACGGCUCCAUCGUCGUGCAGCCCGCCCCGGAGCAGCAGGCCCAAGCGAGCGUCCCACCCGGACAGUUCCUGCUGCCCGGCUCGCUGUCCCUGACGCCAGCCGGCGGCAACCACAACGGCCCCGCCGACCCCAACUCGAUUACCGGGCAGAAUUUCGCCGCCGGCCCCCCGGGGGGCCAGCUCAUUUUGAAUCAGGGAGCAGUCGGCCGGAGUCAGGUGGCAGGGGCCGUCACUCAGACGUGGACCGGGGUUUCCUGUGCGAACUCGGCCUCCGUUCAGACAUCGCCCGCCCCCGGGCGCCUGACUCUGGUUGGCCCGGCGACGGCGGGGAUCGGCCGCCAAGGCCAAGUGUCCGCCAGCCCCGUUCAGCGCCUCCUAGUGACUCAGACGCAGAAUUGCACUUCUCUGUCCCCUAUAGCUGGUACUGUGACGCAGGAGCAGGACUACAGACAGAAUUCUUCAUCUCCGGGCCUCAAGCAUGCGCAGCUCGGCAGCAUAUAUGCCAUGACAACCAUGACUCAAGAUUCAAAGCUCAACUCUCAGGUCAGUGCUCAGAAGAGACCUGCCCUGCCGCCGCUUACAAGAGCAGAAAUGAUUUUACUACAGCUGAGGAAGGACCACGCUGGAGUUCAGACCCUAGAUCAGCGCCGGUUCAAUUCAAUCGACGACGCACUGCAAAGACUCCUCCCGUACCACGUGUUCCAGGGCGCUCCACCCAGCCAGGAGGAGUUCUCUCAGGUGGAUGAAGAAUUUGAGGUCGUUGCAACUAAAGUGCUGAUGAGGACGCAUGUAAUGGUGAACAAAUACAGACGGCUGCUGAUGGUGGAGGCCGAGCGUUCCAGUCCCUCGUCGGAAAUGGUGAUGAUUGACAGGACGUUCAACCAAGAGGAGCGCAGCAACCUGACGCAGGACAAACGCAUGAUUCUCGUAGAUCCAGACGCCUUCUUUGAAGACUUCUGUUGCGGAAUAAAAUCCAAGCUCUCCCACGAUCCCGCCCCCCCCCACAUUCGGUCGGACAGAGGCUCCGCGGAGCCACCGCACAGGACAGACUGUGGGGACCCGGGAGGGGGCGGAGCAAAAAGACUCGGGGAGAACAAGAGCGCCCUGGAACUGAAGGAAUCUCAGCAACACUACGGGCCCGACGGCGUCCUCCCCGCCGCCAACAGCUGUCCGCCAGGUAACCCCUCCCCCUUUGCAGCCUCGGCGGGAGGACAGACGCACUACCCGGGCUCGCAGCAGCCGUCCUCCCACCCGGUCCAGCCGCAGUGCCCCGCUCAGCUCACCUCCCCCCCGCGCGGCGACGCGGACUCUGCUCUGGAGGCGGCGGUCAACAGCAUCUUGGAAUGUUAGGGCCGAUUUCACCCCUGGUUUGGACUUCUGAGCGUGCCGAGGUCAUGUUUUUGUGAUAUUUGUUGUACCCCCCCCCCCCAUUACCUGUGUGAAGGGAGGUGAACUCUUCUUUCAGGUCUGUUAUCUUUUGUGAUACCAUCUCCGACCAUGUAGCAUGUAUUGAGUUUUUGGGGAGGGGGGGGUUGGUAUGACUCCAGGUGAAUGCAGGCACUCAAGUUUACCUUAAAACAUCCGGGAAUGUGUGCAAUGCAACGUGCUCACAGAUGGAAUAAGUUCCUGUUUACUUUACCCUCAUUUUGAAGGGGGAAGGGUCCGCAAUUUCAGUAGUUACAAGAGUCCCCUUUUUUUUUUCACCCAUUGAUCUUUCGUGCCAGUUCAUGUCCAUAUUUCGGGACGAGGAGCAACAAAGUGACGAAUCUGUGCCUGACGCUCGGUUUCUUUGUUUUUGAAGUGUUUACAUGAAGGAGGUCUAUUUAGGAAAAUCCCAAAUUGCAUUGCAAACAUGCACACACACAGGCUUUAAGUACGACGCGCCGUCUAGGUUCACGGAGCGGAGGCGUAGAUUCCCUUCCAGGUUAGCUCGGUAGAGAAACAUUCACGUAGACCAAUUGCACUAAACGCACCGUUGCUUUUUCCAGAACUACAUGAAGAACCCCGAGUGUGCUCGGCUCAACUGAAUAUGGGGGGAAAAGAACCUAAAUGUGUUUGCCUGCUUUCAGCUGGCUGCAGCAAGGAUCACCUCAAGCCCCACGAGCAACCUGUCACAUUAGUCCCAUCGACAUGUAUAGUAGUUUUACUGUACUCCGCAAUGCUUUUUUUUUCUUUCUUUUUUUCUUGUGCUCAAGUAACAUUUUCUUUGGCAUUUCUUCUUUUGUACCUUAAAGGUAUGCGAGCCCCGACAGAUACUCUCAACCACUUAUAGCAUUUCACAGUGUGUUUGUGUCAAGGGGAGCUUAGUCCUCAGAUUGAGGAAGUUAUGUUACAGUUUAUUUUUCUUAUUUCCUCUUUUUUUUAUUUUUAGGAACGACAUUAAAAAAGAUGACGGAUUUUGUUUGUCGUGAUGUGUUUCCCCCGCUUUUGAAUACAGCAACAUUGUUUGAAUGAUCAUUGAUUGUAGGUACGUUGGUCUGCCUUCUGCGUAUUGAUCGUACCCAGCUAUCUACGCUUCUCUCCCGUGACGCGUCGGUUGGUGUGUGUGUGUGUGUGUGUCGGUGAGUUAACCUGCGCACACACACACACACACACACACUGCUGUGUCACCCGGUCCUUCCGAUUGCCAAACUUCUUACUUCAUUCCCAAGAGAACUCUCUCACUUUUCUUCGAUUUCUCUCCCUCUUCCCACUCGGCAACAGAACCAAAACUCAAAACCAGGAGAGAGAGAGACCUUCCUCUCCGUCUUUACUCUGGUUAUUACGUCUCCGUGGUGUUUCCUUUGAAGCUGGGCUCUGAAAGAGUUUCAUUCACUUUUAUUGGGCCUGAACUGAAUUCACGGAGAUAUUUCAACCACGAGAAAGAACUAAAUCUGAAAUAUUGAACAUGUGAUUCUGUACCUGUGGGACAUUUCUCCAAAUGCACAGAAUCCAGCACCGGAGCAAAGCUUAGGAUAAAGACCGGAGGCCUUUUACACGCUUUUUUCUUCUUUCUCUUCAGCUCACAGCGGCUAUCGCAGCCCGUCCGUAUCUCUGCCUCAAUCCACGUGGACCUCGUGUGUGUCUGCCAGUGCAAACUGAGAAAAACUGUCAGGAGUGUGCGUUCUGUUAUUUGUUCCUUGGAGUUGUUGCUGCAAGACGUUGUGCCUCUUUAGCACUUAAAUCCACAAUAAAGCCAGUUGGGGACUUGCACAAAGUAGUCGAGUGUUGGGGGGCCGCGUUGUGUUGUUGUGUUGGAUGCACAUCAGUGUGUGAGGGAACAGACUCUGCUUUUUCUCCCGUUUUCGUUUGAAAAAUGUUUUUCUGCCUCCAUUUGUGUAGUUUGUUGUUUUGUAAAAAAAAAAAAAAAAGGAAAAAAAAGAGUGAAACAAAAUAUUUAUAAUUUUU